CGACAACCAGAACGCACCGAAAAGCACAAUGCUGGCCUCCAUACUGGAUACCUUGGACAGUGACCCGGUGGAUCCUGUGCGGCUGCCUCUCCUCACCAGCCAGAGACCGCUCCUGAUCCUCCUGGGCAGCUAUUUGCUGUUCAUCAAGGUUAUCGGGCCGAAAAUAAUGGAGAAUCGGAAGCCGUUCGACUUGCGAGGAGCAAUCAGAAUCUACAACAUAACACAGAUCGCUUACAAUCUCCUCAUGUUUUCAUUUGCUGUCUAUUUUAUGCUGGGACCUGCCAACUACAACUUUAAGUGCAUCCAAAACUUACCCUUGGAACACGACUACAAAAACUGGGAGCGCUGGCUCAGCUACUCAUAUUUCCUCAACAAAAUUUUGGAUCUGUUGGAAACAAUAUUCUUCGUCCUGCGAAAGAAGAACCGCCAGAUAUCCUUCCUACACGUAUUUCAUCAUGUUUACAUGAUCUAUUUCAGUUACCUGUAUUUGUGGUAUUACGGCUAUGGCGGCCACGGUUUCUUCAUGUGCUUCUUCAACGUUGUAGUGCACAUUGUGAUGUACACGUAUUACUACCAAGCCGCCAAGGAUGCAAAGGCGAAUCUGUGGUGGAAGAAGUACAUCACCAUCGUCCAGUUGGUCCAGUUCGGGAUCAUCAUGUGCCACAGUUUCUACACGCUGAUGCAACCCGAUUGCCCCUCGGCACAGUUUUCAGCCAAAGCCUCCGGUUCAAUCUCAAUUUUCUUUUUCCUUUUGUUUAGUAAUUUCUACAUAAAUGCAUAUAUUUUGCCAAACAAAAAAGCCAACAAAAAGGUUUCCUAA